AUGCAGGAUGGUUCGCGCGAUCGUGCCUCGAGGCCAAUGACCACUGAAAAUAUUGCUGCCCGUAUCCAAUCCUUACGGAACAUCCUAAGUAGUGAAAGGCAUACCACGGCAGAGCAACAAGUGGCGCUAGAAGCUCUAGAUAGAGAAGAGGCAGACCGUCGUCAGACUAUAGAAAGAGAGAGUGACUCAGCUCUUACUACAGGUCCUCGCCUGCAUAGCAACGGGGAGCAUUGGGAACCACGAGGCAGCACAAGUCCUGCUUCGGUGGCACGAGAACGUCGAAGAGGCUUCAGGCCCACUGCAAGGCUGGCUCAUCAGCGUGAUCGUAUGGCCCGACUGGCAAGAACUGACCCCGUAGAGCAAGUCACCACUGCUGCUUCCACCUUACCGCCUUUGCAUGCUGCACGAACCAGACAGGCAUCCGUUGAACUCGACCUCGAAGCUCCACCUAUGAGAGAAGGCAGAUAUCCAAAGCGCCGCAAGCUCGAUGAUGGUACCUUUGACGAGGCUCGUCAGUGCCCGGAAUACGGUUUAGAUGGGAGUCUGCGGCCUGGUAACCUCCAGAUGAAAGUGCUUUGUGCUGGCAAUUCCUACGAUGCUCGUUCCACAUCCGAUGAGAUUGCUAAGUUGAAUCUCUGGGCAGCUGACAACAGCGAUGUCUUCCGAAGCAAACGGAGGAGGUGUACUAUCUUGAUGAAACAUCAAGGAGGCUGGCCAUUCAGUUUGUCGAAACUUGUUGUUAAGAUACCUAAAGACGACUAUGAUUCCAUGCCUCUCCAGGGUAUGGUCUUUAUAGCCAUGACUGACGACAAGCUGCUUGAAAAAACUUCGCACUAUGACAGCCUGGAGCCAGUCUCCUACCCUGUUCAACGAUUGCGAGCAUACGACAGUUAUCGUCCCUCACAAGACUAUCUCCCUCGCCCACGAUCACUAUUUGGUGCACCAUCUCAUGUCCGACCUAUGCCUCGUCCACAUGAUGUACAAUGGUGUGACUCUAACAAUUUCGACGAACCAGUUACCAUAGGUCUUGUUGAAGGCUUCGACACGACGGUAGAGACUGUUCUCGAAGAAAGUAGCGAUGUCCUGUCAUCUCCACGUUCACCACGUCCCUGGCAUGACCCUGAUCACGAAUAUACCAGGAGACAGUAUGCUCUCAGAGCAGAAACUUACCGUCCGAAUUAUGCUGCGGAAGAGCGUCGGCGGAUUAGGGCGGCUGCUUAUGCUGAAGCCACCGAGCAAAGCCGCGCAUCCACUACACCGUCCGAUUCAGAAGACGAAGACGUGCCGCUCUACCGUGGUGUGCCGUCUUCGCAAAGAGAACUCAAUGAGGCAGAAUAUCGGCAACAAGUCAUUUUGGAAGAGAUGCGUGAAAGGCGGAAUAGGGGUGAUGGCUUUACCUACCACUGGACGAGAUACGAUAACGAUGGUGACACCGCGAGCCAUGAUCACGAGGUAGCUGGCGCGCAAGCUGCUUCCAGGUCCACAAACCAUACAUCCAGUAAGCGUUUGCCGACCACCAACGAGAUGACUCAGAAUAGGUCCGCACUAUCUGGAUCGGACGACAACGACCAGAAGAUAUUGCCACAUGCCAGGUUCCAAAUGGUUAAACAAGGGGGCGGAAUUUCCAUCAACUUCGAACCAGCAAUAUCUGGAAAGUAUAUUCUUGUCAAGUUAUGGACACGUUGUCCGCACAGUUGUGUGACUGUCCAGGGAGUUGUGCCAUACGGCUACGCAGGUUUACGGCAACUGCCUGAUCUGUCUUUCAGAUGA